GACCGUAAACGCUCGUCGCGCCACGUCUAAUUCCUUCUACGAUGCAACAAUCCUGCGCGAGAUAUCAUUCGCGUAUUUCGCUCGUGUUUCGUAUGCACGACGAUCCCGUAUAUCGGUCGUGGCACGAGUGGUGAGCGUUGCGAGUAACGUACGGUGAAGUGCGCGAAACAUCUAUAUAUACAUCUGUACACCGAAACAAGACGAGAAUACGUUGGCUGGUCGAAAAUUAAUCUUUCAACGGGACGACGAAACGAGGCUUUCCUACCGUGUGUAUCGCGGAUAAGUGGCGGCGCGUGCCAUCUCCUUGGCGACUGAAAAUUUCGAGGCUCGGCCGGUACACACAGAAUGGUGUCGAAAUUCCUCUAAACGCGAAUGAUUCCCGAUUCUUUUCCCAAAUUUAAAUCGCGUUAUUCCAUUUCUAGGAAAAUCGACUAACGUAACGCGCGCACUAAUGCAGAAUACUAAUUUCGAUCUAUCCUAUUUAUCCGGUGGAAUUUAGAGAAAAUGGUCCGCGACGGAACAACUCGAGUUUUCGUGACUCUGGCCAUUUAUUCGUGGUCGUACUAGUCGUUGGAUGAAAGCGAAAGUCGACCGUUUACUACUAGUCUCGCUUUAUCAAAAAAAGAAAGAAAGAAAGAAAGAAAGAAAGAAAGAAAACGAAACAGAAACGGAAAUAUAUCCUCGAUUUAACUUGGCUUAGAAAGUGAAGCGGUUUCAAGCCGACCGGAAAACAUCCUGUUUUUACUUUCGACGAGAAUGCAUUAUCUUCGUUUAUUUACUUUUCCUUUCUUUUUUUUUCAUCGUCAUCAACGACGAGAAAAUCGGUGAUCGAUUCAGUUCGAAAUAGAAAAUUUUAACGUCCUUAUCGUGAAAGAUUGGCGCGUUCAGCCUUGAACUUUUUCCGUUCCCGUUUCCGGUAAUAGUGGCUAAUCGCGAGAUAUAAAAAACGAUCGUUGGCCGAGAUGAGGGACGCGAUAGAGAAAAAAGGAAAAGACUCGUAUAUUAUAAAUUAUUCCCUCUGUGUACGGUCACUUUAUUUGGAACGGAUUUCUUAUACCAUCUGUGACAACCGUUAUCCGUGUCGAUCGAUUUCGAAUGCAUCGAAUAUCAAGGAGGAUUACAUAGGAUUGUAUAGACAAGUCUAGUAGAGGAAAGUUCGGUGAAUAAAAGAGAAAGGUCUGGAAAUAUGUAGAAAUUUGUUCGAUGAGGUCCACUCAAGAUCACGAUUCGAACGAAUUGGUCGACGCGUUAUCCUGUCGACGGAGAGAUGCAAGUAUGUUUCGUCGGCAAGUUCUUGGGAGAAGUGGCCUCGCAAUAACGAGAGGUGCAUCGUACGCGAAACGUGCAGCGAUUGUAGGAAAAAAACAAGACGGCGCGUCUCUGAAAGGAAAGAAAAGCGAUAAACACGUGUGCGAAAGAAUACGCGGUCCAUACCUGGCCCGCCAUUUUGGCGGCAUGGUCCUUUGGGCCACUAUACUAUUCCUACAAGGAGCUGGUUUCGUAGGCUCGGUAACAGGUAUUCCUGGUGUUCCGGAAAAUAUAACGGUGAUGUUCCUGAAUCCAACCUCGGUGCGCGUAUCUUGGAGCACCAGUCAGGUCGAACAAGUUGAAAAAUACGACGUCACGUACAAGCCAACGGAUGCCAGGAAAUACAAUGACAGUUACAGGGUGGUGGCGGUGGUCGCGGGGAAUAGCGAGGCGGUCACGUUGAGCGGUCUGAGGGCUGACACGCAAUACCAGCUCGUCGUCACCGCCGUCAGAGGUGGGAAAAAAUUUCGAAGCCGGCCGAUCGUGUUCCGCACGCUUGAGCCGCCGCGAACGUCCCCGCAACAGGAUGCAGCGGUAACCGGUGGCCCUCUUCCACCCCCUCCACCUUCUUCUCAACAGCCGCAGGCUUACAUACAGGUCCGCGGCGUGGAAGUGGGCAUAGUCGUGUUGGUGUUGAUCUUUUGGGCGGGCGCGAUAGCGUUGUUCUUCAAUCGGUGGGGCAAGAUUCGCAUGUUGUUGCCGUACCAGCCCGAUUACAAGGAACAAUUGAAAGUUCCUGGGACCGGGGUGUGCGCAGCGGCGAACGCCGCGUACACGCAGCAUCCCACUCAACACACUUGUUCUCAGCAUCUGCACUGGUCGAGCCAUCACGUGGACUCGUUGGACAGCGGAGGCGGUUUCGGAUGGGCGAGAACCUCGAGGCCGCGGGUGAACAGCGCCAUCGACGUGGCCGGCUUCCUAUCCCAGGAAUUUUUAAGGCGGCACGGUUCCACGUCGAAAUUGUGCCGGAAGGUUCGCAGCGCGGAUAACUUGCCCCUAGCGUCCUCGAAUCGACAAGAUCAACGAAACUCGAAAGAGGAUGGAAUCGACGGGGACAAAGAGUCCUUUCUGAGAUCGACCCAGGAGGAGAAAUCCGAGGAUUUGGAGUCGAAGAGGCACAGUAGCUUGGAGAGUUGUCCCAAGGACAAUCCGGACGUCUCGUUGCUCGAUCCCAAUCAUCAACAACAAUCUUCCAGGCGCGAACGUUUCAGGGAUUCACCGGUCACGUGUUCGUCGUCGUUGGUCGGCCGACGUUUCGGUGGAUGGAGAGCAGGCGGAAGUCACGAGUACGUUCGCUGCCCCGUGCGACAGCCCGCCUCCAUGGACGAGAGGUAUUGUCGGCGAUCCGGGGACGCGGAUGCUCGGCCGACUCGCUAUCACCAUUACCAUCGAAGGGGAGGGAUCGAGCGACACUCGAAGAGCUGCGACUACGCGACGAAGCGAACGCCCGAAUCGAGCAUCGAGGUCCAGCACUUUGGCCUGCCCAUACUGAGCGUGAGCGAGCCCAGCCCGCCGGACGAGAACGACCGCGUCGACGAUUAUUUGUAGGACUUGCUUGCCGAGGACUUCCUCAAGGAGCUCCUCGUAUGACCCUACCGCUCGUCCUCCCUCCUGCCCUCGUCUCUCUCUCUCUCUCCGUGUGUCCAACGUUCCUCGGAAAAAUAAGGAAGAGAAGACGAUUUGAUUAUUUACUCGAAGGGUAACUCGAAGGAAGCGAGCUGCAAUACCGAUCGAUAUAUUUCGAAGGAGAAAGAAAAGUAUCGAGAGUUUUCAGACGAUCGUUUCAACGUCAAUUUCGAUCGAGAUACACGAGAUAUAUAUAUUUUUUCCCUCGAUCGGUCUCCGAUUCGUUGAUUCGCCGGCGAUAGAUCGAUAUUCGUUUCCAAGAUAUCGCGUAAUAGACGUUUCGUGUGACAUUAUUCGACAGUUUUCUUUUUCGUAUUUCCGCGUGGCCUUGCUCUCUCUCUCUCUCUCUGAAACCAUUUCUACCGCUCCUCCGUGUCGACAAGCCAUCUUUCUGGUUUCGAGAAGAAAAUAAAGAUAUGCUUGAAAAUUUGAUUCGUUCGAUUUGAUCUUUUUAGGAUUAUCGAUUAGCUAUAGGAGAGGAAGGAAAAAUCGAAACAGUAAGAUAUAUGCGUUCACAUAUCCGAUAAACGUUUAAAUUUCUCUUGCUUUGUCCUUUUUUAUCGAUCGAUAUCCUAUUAGAGGAUAUUUGGCGCUGUCGUUCAAUUUUAAGCAACGGGGUGUAUAUAGAGGAAAUGAAUAGAUUAAAAUAAAAUAAUUUUAAACGAUUUUUAUGCGCGUAUACCGAGACGUAUCAAUUUUUGAACGAUCAAUAACAAUUGUUCCAAAGAGCUUUCAGAAUUUUACGUCCAAUUUGCGAUCUUAUAUAUAUAUAUAUAUAAAAUGAACGAAUUAUGUUUCCUCUUUUCAAGAAUUUUGCUUUUACCGUCGAAAGUUUGAAGUUUUACGAUGCGAUGCGAAUCGUCACUUGCGAUUAGCAAAAUAUUCAGAGUUACUUGUUUUCACUCGUAUCGCAUCUUGAACAUCGAAUAUCGAUUAGAUCGAAAAUUCAAUUCGAGCAAUUUAUUAGCUGUAUUUUUGGACCAAAUCGGUGCGAUACGCGUACAAAGGGGGCCAUAAUUUCGACGUUAUGUUUCGUACGACGAUUGUUUCGAAAGGAGAUCGCCGAUUCUUCGAAGAAGGAAAUAUAAUAUUUUUAGUUUUGAAAGGGAGAGAUUGGAUUAUUGGGAAGAAAAUAAUAAUCGCUUCGCUUCAUUCGAAUCGUAACGGUAGGAAACGACGUAGAAUAUCGUCAAAUUCGGGGACCAAAUAAAUAGUUGUAAACAUACACCGACGAAUUUAUUAAUAUUCUUUAUCUUUUUUUUUUUAUCAUAUCUUUAUUCUUCCCUUCUUUCGCGUCUCGUUUGCAUUUCUAUUUAAUUUAUUCAUCGUUCGAAAUACGUAUCGAAUCGGCGGAUGAAGAAGAAUAUUAAUCAAGGUUGAUGGGAAAAAAUGACCGAAUCAGUUUCUUCUCUUUUUUUUUUUCACGCGAGCGUACAAUAUUUUUGAGUCGAAGCGAAAAAUAAAUGAAACAGCAAAGUUCACGAAUGAUGAAACAUCAUCUUAAAUCUCGGAAUCACUUUUUUCCUAACAACGUCUCUUUCACCAAAUUGCAUAUCAAGUAUCUAUCGCGCGAGCUUAAGUAUCCGAACGCGAAGAUAAAAUCGACCAAUCGAAUUGCGAAUCGAUCUUAAACGAUAAAAGAAAACGGACAAUUACCUACUGUAUAAAGUUGAAUACAUGUGUAUAUAUGUAUACAUAUACGUAGAAGGAUGAAAAAAGAAAAAAAAUAACAUGUGAUAUAUAUCGUAGAGAAAUGUGUUAUAUUUUUUUUUCGAAAAAAAAUCCGCAAUUCGUGAAAAUUGAAAUUGGAAUUAUCGUUAUUAUUAUAUACAUUAUUAUAUAAUUUCAUUUGUAUUAUUCCUAUUUUCGGCCGAGAUACAGAAUAGAGGGAAGAAGCGAUAAUCGAUCGAUUAUCCGGGGCGAAUACUGUCGCACGUAUCAAUCCAAACAGUUGUGUAGAGAUGACUAAAUACGCGAUGUCACGUAUACGCCUAUAGAUAACGUAUAUUAUACCGGUUAUAAAAGCGAAUCGAUAAUGCAACCUUAGCUCUUACACGAUUCUCCUAUCUUCUAAUUUUCUUUUUUUUUUUUUUCGCUCAAUCGUGAUCGAGUACCCUCGUCUAUAUACCCACCUUCCUCCUUCUUCAAAAAUAUUCUGUGUAAAUAUAAUCGUGAAACAACUCGAACCGUGUUUUUUCACACCAAUCGGAUAUAAUGUACGAAUGUACGAAUAUUUUUAACUCGUUUACAUUGGGAUAGGAUAAUUAUUACGAUUCUUGAUUCUUCGCUCGACGAGGAAAAAUUGGCCGACGGGCAGUAAAAAAAUAAUAAUCAUAAUUUUGGGAAUCGUAUUUCGAGACGAAGAGGAAAUUGAAUUUGAUCGAACGAAGAAUCAAGCGGUAUAUAUAAAUAUAUGCAUAGGUUAAGAUAAUAAGAAAAUUUUAGAAUCACCGAAUUCUAUAAUGAUAUAGCGAACCAAGACUUAUAUAUGUAUAUAUAUAUAUAUAUAUAUAUGUAUAUUGUAUGUAUCUAUAAAUAUCUCUUGUAAUCGUAUCUCGUAGUGAAAGAUAUAAUCGUUUAUAUUAUAGGUGAUGAUAUUAUUUUUAUUCUGAAAAUGCGCCACUUUUGCCGAGCAAAAAAUUGUUUAAAUAUAUACGAAGUGGGGGGAGGGACUCAUGCUGAGAUUCAUUUAUCGAUUAAAAAAAUUGAUUUAUCGAUUUAAUUAUCGAGCUGUAGAGACAACGAACGAAUAAUGCACACAAACACACACAAAUACACACGAUGCGACGCGUUGAUAUUUCUUCGAUCUUGAAUCAUUUUCCCGCUAUAUUCGAAAAUCGAUUAUUCUCGAAAUGUAAAGGGGGAAAAUAUCGAAAAUGACGUAUACAACGAAAAUAUAUGUACGUGUAUAUAUAGGACAAAAUUGGAUAUACGAAAUAACGAUACACGAUGGAUAAUUAUUCGAGUAUUUAAGUAAAAAUAAGGUGACGUGACAGCAUGAGACCUGUUUCGAGGAAAAAAGAAAAAAAAAAGAAAGAAAGAAAGAAAAAAAAGAAAGAAGAAUCGAUUACCUCCGAUGUUUAAUAACUAUAGCUUUAAAAAAAGAGACCAAAUAUGUGAAGAAGAGUCAAAAUAUUCUCUUACGAAGGGUCAGUUUUAAGAAAUCCCGAAUUAAGCAAUUUUUGAGAAAAAAAAAAAGGAAAAAAAAAAAUAUCAGUAGCAGACGCGUGUUUUGAAGCGACUGUUAUAUCUCUGUAUAUAUAUAUACAUAUAUGUAUGUACUUAUUUAGAUUAAAAUUCUGAUCAUGUUGAUCUAAAGCGGAUCAGUGUUAUAUUGAACGAUCAUUUGAUCGACGAAGCAACUUUGACGCAACUUUCCUAUUUAUUAUUUGAAAAUUGACAUGGGAAAUGAGUGAGAAUGAAAAUAAUUAUAUAAAAAAUUGUUAUCCAACGAAAAAGUUCGUAUUUACGACGAUGACCAAUAUUAAUAUUUAUCGCCAAUAAAUUCCAGUUUAUUAGUUUAACAUAUAUAUAUAUAUAUAUAUAUAUAUAUAUAUAAAUUGUAUGAAAAUAUAUUUCAUCUGUUAUCAUUUAUUAAAAUUUCGCGGCAAAACAAAAAAGAUACGAUUAAAUUUGAUUCGACGAUUUUUCAUUUUUUUUUUUUUUUAUAAAUUUUAAAAGUUACGUUUGUGAUAAAAAAGACAUAAAAAAGAAUUAUAUUAUUAUAUCGUUACGUUCGGUUACGACACUUUAUAAACUUAUACGUUAAAUGUUAAUUUUAAACUAGGAAGGAAGGAAAGAACGAUAUUUUUACAAUUACGUUACACGCAUAGUGACUCUUUAUUUAUUUAAACGUAAAUAAAAUAGAAAUCGUGACUUUUAUAUGAUCUCUGAAACGAGCAUAUCCGAUAAAAAAUGUAAUUUGUAUUAAAAUACUAUUAACGUUGAUAUUUUUUUUAUAAUAAUCGAUAAUUUUGUAUAGUACAUCUAAGAAUCACGCAAAUUGUAUAAUUUAGCGUAUAAAUACGUAAACGAGAAAUAUGAUCUGUUGAUCCUAACAAUUCAAAUAUAUUAAAUCCUUUUCGCUACAUAUAUAUCACUCCAAUUUCAAUAUUUUUCAUAUCGUUCAAAAAAAUUUUAUUCCUAUCGUAUAUCGAAUAAUUACUAAUAACCGUCUUUUAACGGUCAUCUAUUCCGUUCUUCUUUUUCUUGACAAUGUCAAUAUUAUUGUCGAUACGAAAUAUUCGAUAAAUAGAUAAAGAAAUACCAUGGAAUAUCAAUGGAAUACUACAUGUAAAUGAAAAAAAUGGAAAAAUAGAUCCUAUCCUUAAACUUUUGUAAUCAAUUUCCCUCCUUCUAGAUAAAUGUGCGAGACUACUUUUUUCAUCGGAUUAAUUCCAUUAUUCAUACUGUAUCGAUUUUAUUUCAAUUAAACUGAAAAGUAAAAUACAAUAUUUAUAGAUAUUUA